AUGAGGCUCACGGCAGACCUCAUCAACAAUUCCCUAUCCUACCUCAACCCGCUCAAAGAGCGGGAGCUGGAUCUUCGAGGUCACAGAAUACCCGCGAUUGAGAACCUGGGCGUUGCCGGCCCCCACGAUGCCAUAGACCUCACAGACAACGACAUCCAAGUGCUGGGCAACUUCCCGCUGUCGCCUCGCGUGCGCACCCUGCUGCUCGCCCGCAACCGCAUUGCCGCCAUCCAACCCUCCCUGCCCGCCGCCGUGCCCAGCCUGCGCAACCUCGUGCUCUCCGGCAACAGCCUCGGCGAGCUGUCCGACUUGGAUGUCCUCGCGCGCUUUGCGAGACUGACGCACCUGGUGCUGUUGGAUAAUCCGGUGACGAAGAAGGAGCAUUAUCGGUAUUGGGUUCUCUGGCGCUGCCCUACCGUCCGCUUUCUCGACUACCAGAAGGUCAAGGAUGCCGAGCGGGCAAAGGCGAAAGAGUUGUUUGGCUCGGCUGAGGCCCCGACCGAGUUGGCUUCACAGAUCAUGGGUGUGAAGAGCAAGACAUUCGAUGUGGGCUCGGCGAACGGCUCAACUGGUGGGCAAGGGUCGAAACUCUCCCGUCUCAAGCUUACCGACAAGGAGCGCAAGAAGCUGCAGGAGUUGAUCAAGAAUGCCGAUAGCCUGGAGGAGAUCAUUAGGUUGGAGAAGGCACUCAACGAGGGACGGCUGCCGCCGGGGGUCAUGGUGGAGGACGAGAUGGAGCAGUGA